GGGACCGGGGCCCAGACCAGUGGUGGGAGGAGGCUGCGGCGCCAGAUUCGGACGCCUGGACCGCCGCGCCGAGGCUCCCUGCGCUCGCUGCGCCCGCGGCCCGUGCCAUGCCCUCCUACACGGUCACCGUGGCCACUGGCAGCCAGUGGUUCGCCGGCACUGACGACUACAUCUACCUCAGCCUCCUGGGCUCGGCGGGCUGCAGCGAGAAGCACCUGCUGGACAAGCCCUUCUACAACGACUUUGAGCGCGGCGCGGUGGAUUCGUACGAUGUGACUGUGGAUGAGGAACUGGGCGAGAUCCAGCUGGUCAAAAUCGAGAAGCGCAAGUACUGGCUGCAUGACGACUGGUACCUGAAGUACAUCACGCUGAAGACGCCCCACGGGGACUACAUCGAGUUCCCCUGCUACCGCUGGCUCACCGGUGAUGGCGAGGUACUCCUGAGGGAUGGACGCGCAAAGUUGGCCCGAGAUGACCAAAUACACAUUCUCAAGCAACACCGACGUAAAGAACUGGAAACACGGCAAAAACAGUAUCGAUGGAUGGAGUGGAACCCUGGCUUUCCCUUGAGCAUCGAUGCCAAAUGCCACAAGGAUUUACCCCGUGAUAUUCAGUUUGAUAGUGAAAAAGGAGUGGACUUUGUUCUGAAUUACUCCAAAGCGAUGGAGAACCUGUUCAUCAACCGCUUCAUGCACAUGUUCCAGUCUUCCUGGAAUGACUUUGCCGACUUUGAGAAAAUCUUUGUCAAGAUCAGCAACACUAUUUCUGAGCGAGUCAUGAAUCAUUGGCAGGAAGACCUGAUGUUUGGCUACCAGUUCCUGAAUGGCUGCAACCCUGUGUUGAUCCGGCGCUGCACAGAGCUGCCGGAGAAGCUCCCGGUGACCACGGAGAUGGUGGAGUGCAGCCUGGAGCGACAGCUCAGCUUGGAGCAGGAGGUCCAGCAAGGGAACAUUUUCAUCGUGGACUUUGAGCUACUGGAUGGUAUCGAUGCCAACAAAACAGACCCCUGCACACUCCAGUUCCUGGCCGCUCCCAUCUGCUUGCUGUAUAAGAACCUAGCCAACAAGAUCGUCCCCAUUGCCAUCCAGCUCAACCAAAUCCCGGGAGAUGAGAACCCUAUUUUCCUCCCUUCGGAUGCAAAAUGCGACUGGCUUUUGGCCAAAAUCUGGGUGCGUUCCAGUGACUUCCAUGUCCACCAGACCAUCACCCACCUUCUGCGAACACAUCUGGUGUCUGAGGUUUUUGGCAUUGCGAUGUACCGCCAGCUGCCUGCCGUGCACCCCAUUUUCAAGCUGCUGGUGGCACACGUGAGAUUCACCAUCGCUAUCAACACCAAGGCCCGUGAGCAGCUCAUCUGUGAGUGUGGCCUCUUUGACAAGGCCAACGCCACAGGGGGCGGUGGGCACGUGCAGAUGGUGCAGAGGGCCAUGAAGGACCUGACCUACGCCUCCCUGUGCUUUCCCGAGGCCAUCAAGGCCCGGGGCAUGGAGAGUAAAGAGGACAUCCCCUACUACUUCUACCGAGACGACGGGCUCCUGGUGUGGGAAGCCAUUAGGAUGUUCACGGCCGAGGUGGUGGGCAUCUACUACGAGAGCGACCAGGUGGUGGAGGAGGACCUGGAGCUGCAGGACUUCCUGAACGACGUCUACGUGUACGGCAUGCGGGGCCGCAAGUCCUCAGGCUUCCCCAAGUCGGUCAAGAGCCGGGAGCAGCUGUCGGAGUACCUGACCGUGGUGAUCUUCACCGCCUCCGCCCAGCACGCCGCGGUCAACUUCGGCCAGUACGACUGGUGCUCCUGGAUCCCCAAUGCGCCCCCAACCAUGCGAGCCCCGCCGCCGACUGCCAAGGGCGUGGUGACCAUUGAGCAGAUCGUGGACACACUGCCCGACCGCGGCCGCUCCUGCUGGCAUCUGGGUGCAGUGUGGGCGCUAAGCCAGUUCCAGGAAAACGAGCCCAGCUCUGGAGCCUUCCUUAGGGAAGCAGAUUGGAGGCGACGACACUUGCCUUCCCAAGGCCCUCUUGUCAGGCAGCAGAGGGUGAAUAUGGGCAGCUGUUCCUGGGCAUGUACCCAGAAGAGCAUUUUAUCGAGAAGCCUGUGAAGGAAGCUAUGGCCCGAUUCCGCAAGAACCUCGAGGCCAUUGUCAGCGUGAUUGCUGAGCGCAACAAGAAGAAGCAGCUGCCAUAUUACUACUUGUCUCCAGACCGGAUUCCAAACAGUGUGGCCAUCUGAGCACACUGCCAGUCUCACUAUGGGAAGGCCAGCUGCCCCAGCCAGCCGGACUCCAGCCUGCCUGGCAGGCUGUCUGGCCAGGCCUCUUGGCAGUCACGUCUCUUCUUCCGAGGCUAGUACCUUUCCGUUUAUUCUUUGAUCUUCAGGGAACCCCAUAGAUUGAUCAAAGUGUAAACACCAUAGGGACCCAUUCUACACAGAGCAGGACUGCACAGUGUCCUGUCCACACCCAGCUCAGCAUUUCCACACCAAGCAGCAACAGCAAAUCAUGACCACUGAUAGAUGUCUGUUCUUGUUGGAGACACUGGAUGAUUAUUUUCUGUUCUAUUUGUGCUUAGUCCAAUUCCUUGCACAUAACAGGUACCCAAUUCAAUUAUUAUUGAAUGAAUUAAGAAUUGGUUGCCAUAAAAAUAAAGCGGUUCAUUUAAAA